CAGAUUCCAACGCUGGGUUAUCUGAUUGUAAAUCAGGGAGGGCAGUGGGGAAGCCUCUAAAAGUUCGCACUAAUGGGUAGGUUAUGAUUCAGCACUCGCUAUUAUACCCGGAUUUGUCCUUAUUGACCUUAAGGAGAACGAGGUAAAAAGGGAAAAAUUAAAGAUCUACCAUGCCUCGUUCAUUUUUAGUAAAAACUAAAAAGUGUGCCUCAUACAAUGUCCACCGUUUCACUGACACUGACCAACAAGCACCAAAGGACUGCUCUGAUCAAGAACUCAUAACAUCAAGGCCGGUCUCACUGGGGGCAAGCGGAUCAGAUUCUCCUGAGAGUUUGAGACUAGGUCCCCUCAGCGAACCCUCCAACACGGACCCCUACUCGUAUAUCAAGUGUGAAGAUGAGGCUGAGUGUCCAGUCCCGUCCCAUCCUGAGUCACCCAUCACAGCCAGCCGACCCUAUUACGUGUCCGAGCCUCAGACGGCUGAAUUUCCUCCCUACUAUAAGGCUCCGUAUGGCUGGGAGUCUGUGCCGUCUCCGUACGACCUGAGGCAGAUGGGCUUCCACUCCACCCUCCUGCAGCAUGGAAAUCGGCUGUACGUGCCCCCGCUGAAAAAAGGCUCGGAACAGUCGCAGCCCAUGGACUGCAGCACACAUUACUCCCCCACCUCAGACACCUACCACUGCAUCACCUGUGAGAAGGUAUUCUCCACGCCACACGGUCUGGAGGUCCACGUGCGACGUUCUCACAGUGGCACGCGGCCCUUUGGCUGUAGCAUCUGCAGAAAAACUUUCGGCCAUGCAGUGAGCUUAGAGCAGCACAUGAACAUCCACUCUCAGGAAAGAAGUUUUGAGUGCAAGAUGUGUGGGAAGACCUUCAAGCGUUCCUCAACCCUGUCCACACACCUGCUGAUCCACUCGGACACGCGGCCAUACCCCUGUCAGUACUGUGGCAAGAGGUUCCACCAGAAAUCCGACAUGAAGAAACACACGUAUAUCCACACAGGUGAGAAGCCACACAAAUGCCAGGUGUGUGGCAAAGCGUUCAGCCAGAGCUCAAACCUUAUCACUCACAGUCGCAAGCACACGGGCUUCAAGCCCUUUGGCUGUGAGAUCUGCUCCAAGGGCUUCCAGAGGAAGGUGGAUCUUCGCAGGCACCAUGAGAGCCAGCACAGCCUAAAGUGACCGUGGCAGGAGAUGCCUUUACCGGCCAGUCACUGAGACAGCACCCUCGCACUGGCAAAGCGACCUAGCAUGGGUCAGAAAACUUGCCUGUAGUUUUCUAUAAAGUAGCAGGUGUGAAGAUGCCUCGGUAUAUUCAAGAAUGCUUCUGUUGGCCUUACCUGACAAGCACGACUUGCUUAUUAUAUGACAGACUGAAUACAACCUACCAAAGACGUUAUUGUGCAUUUGUGGCCCACAAGCCCAAAUAGUGUAACCAAUAGCAUCUGAAUGUACCUAGGAGAAACAGAAACAAGUCGUUACAUGGGUAAGUUGUGACAUACAACAUCAGAGGGUGCUGCUUAAAAGCAGAAUACUAGUUUUGUGCAUUUACUUGGACUGAUGUCACAUCCUGUCUGAGAAAGGCAAGACAUACUGUGAGCUGAAGUGAGCACAGAUUUGCCGUUUUUCACAUUCAGAAGGAAAAAAUUAGAACAGCCGGCCAAAUAAGAGUGCAGUUUGAGAUCCAAUAAGAUGGAAAAAAUAUCCAGAUAGUAUCAUAGUUUUGUUUGAACAUUUGAAAUGUUUUAUUACAUUUGAAGUUAUUUUUCAGUUGUUGUAGAUGGGAUUGUUUUAAUUGAACUAGUAAUUAAUGAUAAUGAAGCUUAUUGAUUAAUCAAGCCUUUUUUAAAAAUGGAAUUUAAUUUUGAAUGUGAAGUAAAAAAAAACAACUAACAAUGUAUUUGUUGUACAAUUUAGUGUGACAUCUGAUGGGACAAGGUAUCACAAGCGGACACUCAGGUUUUAAAUAUGCACAAGUCUGUAUUGAAAUAAGAUAUGAAAAUGUAGCAAAACAGAAAGUAAUGUUAUGGACUAAUGAUCGAUACGAUAUAUAUAUUAAACAAUUGGGAGCGUAAAAGGUGCAUGGUCUUCUCUAUUCGGCUUAGCUGGAUACUCUCAGAGGUGGUAUACUUUCAGUGGGCGGUGGUCGCUCAGUGGUUAAGGUGCUUGACUAGUAAUCAGAAGGUUGCUACUUCAAGCCCCACUGCUGCUAAGUUGC